CUAGGUAGGUGUAUUGUUUUUAAUUUUAUAUUAAAAAGCUGAUUAAUAAUAUUGUAUUAUUUUAUUGCACCUGGGGCUGGGAUCAAAUCGAAUUCAAAUUUGUUCUAGUCUAGGUUAGGUAGGUAGGUUCUAGCAUUUCUCGUUUGUCAGUUUUUCAAUUUUGAUCUAAUGCGAUUCUGUUCAAGAGACAUCAUUUAUUUAUCACAUAUUUCUUCAGCCUCCGCCUCCGAUUCUGAUUCCGGUUCCGAUUCCUGUUCCGAUUCCGAUAAACCAAAUUUAAAAACUCCGAUUCCGACUUCGGUUCCGAUAUCAUCACUUCCGUAACAUCUCUGAUUUACAUUGUUGUAUUAUUUUGUUUUCUAUUUAUCGGUUUAUAGAAGCAGUGGAUAUAAUUAUACCCUAAUCGCUACUAGACAUACUAGAUAUACCUACGUAAUUUUAAUUCUUUAUUUUUAAUUUCAAGUGAAAUAAGAUUAGCCUCGUUUGUUGCUGAACACAAUCUACCAUUCACUAUUAUGGAGCACCUACCGCAGUUGAUGCAAGCCGUUUGUCCUGAUUCAAAAAUAGCAAAAGAAAUAAAAUGCUCUUCAACCAAAACUCAUGACAUAAUUGAUCAUAUUAUAGGUAAAGAAAGUUUCAAUAAUUUAUGUGAAGAUCUAGGGCAAACUAAGUUUUCGCUUAUUACUGACGAGUCCACUGAUCUUAGUACGACCAAACACUUGUGCUUAGUUGUGAGAUAUGCGAAAAUGAAUCGUAUCAAAGAUUGUUUUUUAGCUCUUAUUCCAUUAGAAGAAGCUAAUGCACCAACCUUAUUUGAACACAUUGUAAUUUUUUUUAGAAGCAAUAAUAUUCCAUAUAAAGAUAAUCUAAUAGGUUUUGCAUCUGACGGGGCAAACGUAAUGAUGGGACGUAAUAAUUCUGUUGUAACAUUGCUGCAAAAUGAAAUUCCUAACAUUUUUAUACUUAAAUGCGCCUGCCAUUCGUUGCACCUUUGCGCGUCAUAUGCUUGUGCCCAAUUGCCACGUUUCAUAGAGGAUCUUGUAAGAGACAUUUACAACUACUUUUCUUCUAGCCCAAAAAGAGUGGCAGAGUUUAAAAACUUUCAAAUUUUUUGCAACUUAAAAGUACAUAAAUUACUUCACCCCUCUCCAACACGCUGGUUAUCAGUACAUGCAGCAGUGAAGAGAAUAUUGGAACAACUCUCUCUCUGCUCUUAAGGCCGCCGUACACGGACUGCUUCAAGCAGUUGAGACCGACUGCUUAAAGCCGCGACCGCGCAGUGAACUAUAGUCAUUCAUUCGCUGCCGUACACACGACUGCUCGAGCAGUCGCGACCGCUUCAAGCCGUCAACUGCAUGAUGAAAUUCCAUCGUGCCGUCGACCGCUCGCGAGCGGUUGCGAGGCAUACACCGACUGCUCGAGCCGUUGACUGCGCUAGAGCAGUCGACAGCUCUCCGACUUC